CCUGAUGUCAUUUGUUGAUGUUUUAGUGGGAGAAACAUGGCGGCCCGGUGGAGCAGCGAGAAUGUCGUGGUGGAGUUUAGAGACGCUCAGGCUACUGCGAUGUCAGUGGACUGUCUAGGGCACUAUGCUGUUCUUUCUGGGAGACGUUUCUUGUAUGUUGUGAACCUGGAGGCGCCGUCAGAGGCUCCUCGAAAAAUAGGCCGUCAGAGCAAGUGGGAUGUCGGCACGGUGCAGUGGAAUCCGCACAAGACAGAAGCUCAUCUAUUCGCAGCAUCAAGUAAUCAGCGUGUGGACCUGUAUGUAUGGCGUGAUGGAUGUGGAGAGUCUCACACGUCCCUACAAGGCCACACACGAGUUAUAAGCGAUUUGGAUUGGUCAUGGUUUGAGCCAGAAUUUCUCGUCACAAGUUCAGUAGACACCUACAUCUACAUAUGGGACACAAGAGACACACGUAAGCCUACAGGAGCUCUAUCAGCAGUGGCUGGAGCAUCUCAGGUGAAGUGGAACAGAAAGAAUCAGCACUGCUUGGCCUCUAGUCACGACGGAGACGUCAGGAUCUGGGACAGACGGAAACCCAACACUGCUGUUGAAUACGUAGCCGCUCACUUAUCCAAGAUUCACGGCUUGGACUGGCAUCCUGACAACGAGUAUAUACUGGCAACCUCCAGCCAGGACAACUCAGUUAGGUUCUGGGACUACAGACAACCUCGAAAAUACCUCAAUAUCUUGUCCUGCCAAGUUCCGGUUUGGAAGGCCAGAUACACUCCAUUUUCCAACGGGCUGGUGACGGUGAUGGUGCCGCAGCUCAGGCGGGAGAACAGCCUCCUGCUGUGGAGUACGCUGGACCUCAACAGCCCCGUUCAUGCCUUCGUAGGUCAUGACGACGUGGUGCUCGAAUUUCAGUGGAGGCCUCAGAAAGAAGGAUCUAAGGACUGCCAGCUUGUCACAUGGUCCAGAGAUCAGACGCUUCGGAUAUGGAGGGUGGAUCCUCAGUUACAGAAGUUAUGCACCAGCGACAUUGUGGAGGAGCUGAUGGAAGGCAUGACUCUCACAACAGAGUCUGAGAAGACACUCCGCUCCCAGGAACCUCCUCUGAGCCCCAGUCUAACUGCCGACGACCUGCAGGGUCAGUUCGAGGCAUCCAGUGGCAGGCAGGACCCGGCUGGCCUCGCUCAGACUCUGCAGCAAGAGUUCUCACUGGUCAACCUGCAGAUCCGCAACGUCAAUGUGGAGAUGGAUGCUGUGAACCGCACCUGCUUCGUCUCGGCUCACUGUGGAGCGAAUCAGGUCAGACUGGUGGUGAAGUUUCCUGCACAGUAUCCAAACAAUGCUGCACCGUCUUUCCAGUUUGUUCCCCCAACAACCAUCUCGUCCUCCAUGAAGACCAAGAUACAGAAGAUUUUGACAGACACGUCACUUCAGAAAGUGAAGAGGAACCAAAACUGCCUGGAGCCGUGUGUGAGGCAGCUGGUGUCCUGCCUCGAAUCAGACGCGGAGGACGGCACUAAUCCCCAUGUGUUCAGUAACUCGGUGAGCCCUGCUCUUCCGGCCUUCCCUCGUGUCACCAACACUUACGGCUCUUACCAGGACGCUAACAUCCCUUUCCCACGUACCUCAGGUGCUCGCUUCUGCGGCACAGGCUCUCUGGUUUACUUCACUCGGCCCAUGUCCAUGCAUCGCACUGUCCCUCCUACAGAACCUACACCUAGAUCCCUCUCAGCGCUGUCUGCGUACCACAGUGGCCUUAUGACUCCGAUGAAAAUGCGCAGCGAGUCUCAGUCCACGCUGCGGCUCUACAGCGGGAGUCCGACACGCACCGAUAAAGAACAAGUGUCCAUCUCCUCCUUCUACUACAAGGAGCGGAAGCCUCUGUCUGUUCAUCGCCGCUGGUCUGUGCAGACUAUUGCUGACUGUCCGAAAUCACGGCGCUGGAAAGGGAAACGAGAGGGAACCGACUACAGCAAUAAAACGAUCAAACUGGCUGGUAAAGUGAUCAUACAGGAGAUCUCCUGUCUCCUGCCCAUUCACAAAGCCCUCGGAGAGACCUACGUAUUAAAUAUGAACGACAUACGGGACACGUGUCAGAAGAAUGCAGCCGCAGCUCUGACAGUAGGACGCAGAGAUUUAGCAAAGGUUUGGGCUUUGGCCUCUGCAGCGACCAGUCUCGACCUGUGUCCUGACUCCGAUCCUGACGCUGACACUCCUUGGGCUCGACACCCUUUUGGGCGACAGCUACUGGAGACUUUGCUUGAACACUACAGUCAGAUGAGUGACGUGCAGACUCUGGCCAUGCUGUGCAGUGUGUUCAGGGGUCAGGGGAUCCCUCAGGACUAUUUCACACUGUACAGCCCACGCAGCUCCGGCUUCACCCUCCACCACUCGCGCUAUCCCAGCUUCACUUCUAGCUCUGUGACGUCUGGUUCCUGCUCCAGUACCUCCGACUCCAUCACCGCUCCGUGGAACAUGGCUGGACGGGAUGCUGAACAAGCUCUACCGUGGGGAGAGUCCUCUCCUGACGACGUUCGCUACGCAAACCAGGCUUACACAGAUCCCCGGGAACGAGAGAAAGAGCAACACGACAUGAACAAAAGAUUAUUAGACCCGGCUAACACCUUGCAGUUUGACGACUUUAAGAAGUGUUACGGAGAGAUUCUGCACCGCUGGGGGCUGAAGGAAAAGAGGGCAGAAGUGCUGAAGUUUGUUUCCUGCCCUCCAGAGCCACACAAGGGGAUCGAGUUCGGCGUGUACUGCUGCCACUGUCGGAGCCAGGCCAGAGGCACUCAGUGCGCCGUGUGCAAGCGCUUCACCUUCCAGUGCGCCAUCUGCCACGUGGCCGUCCGCGGCUCGUCCAAUUUCUGCCUGAGCUGCGGCCACGGCGGCCACACGAGCCACAUGAUGGAGUGGUUCCGCUCGCAGGAAGUUUGUCCUACGGGCUGCGGCUGUCACUGUCUCCUCCAGAGCACUUUCUGAACCUCUUCUACACGGACCCGGACAUGACGAAGGUCUCAGGGUGCGUCUCAAACCUCUCGGUACUGUAACAGAGCCUGGACUGUUGAUUUUUUUUUUUUUUUUUUUUUAAUAAACAGCACUGAUACAGAUCAUGGAUUUCUGUGCUGCUCUGACUAGACCUUUUAUAAUAGUGGUCUUCACAGUAUGCAAGAAACCAAGAAACCACAAACACAUGAGUUACAGUUUACACCAGCCUUAUUCAGUAAUAAUUGCUCAUAAAAAAAAAAGAAGUGCCAUUUUUAUGCAGUCCUGGUUCGGUUACAUUGCAGGGUUUUCUCCUCAAUCUGUGAACACCAACACGUAUAGAUGGACUGAAUGUGCUGCUGAUUUUACACUCACAGCUGAAAAGCUCCGUUUUGUAUGUUGUGUUCUGUCUUUUCAUUUGAAAAGAGAAUAGCUAAGAACUGUGCUCUUGUGUAAGGGAGUAGUAUUAAAUGAUUAACCAGCACCUACAAAGUUUAUGCCCUAAAUGAAGAAAUAAAUUUGUUUAAAUAACUGCACCA